AUGAAGCGCAAGCUCUCAGAUUCCGGCGAGACGCCGGCAGUCUCAACCCCCAAAAGACGCCGAACAGCCCUAGAACAAGCCAAUGGCGCCCCGAACGGCCACGCGCCCACGCAUCCACCCCCGAACGGCGAUGCCUCCUACGAGCUACCUCCCUCACGGGACCAAUCAACGCCGAAAAAGGCCAACGGCAUCUCAGCAACGCCGCUGAAAGAAUCAGGUCUCAAGACUCCAACUCAUAAGUCCAAGGCUCGUGAUUUAUUCGCUACGCCAACCAAGCCCAAAUCUGCAACCGCGGCUACACCAUCCAGAGUCCAGAAUGCGGAUCGGUCGGCGAGGAAAAAGAGCGCGCGUGUGCUGUUUGAGCAGGAUGAGGAUGCAGCCUGGGAUGGAUCGGAGCAGUUAGCAGAGGAAAUCUUACAGGGCGACGAGCCGGACAUAGGGAAAGCAGCUCCGCCGUUGGCGGAUAGCAUUGAAGCUGAUCCGGAAGAGGUAGAGGAGAAGGGUGCAAAACAGCCUAAGCGCCGUGCGGGACGGCCUAAGGGCGCGAGGAACAAGCGUUCGCCAACGCCGGAGGGUGAACUCCCUGCGCAUGAGCGAUAUUUCUUCCAGAACCGUGCUGGUCCUGUUAAGACGUCGAAUGCCAAUCUCAACAAAGUCUCGUUGUUGACGCAUGAGGAGUAUUUCGAGAAAAUGGGUCUGUAUGAGGAUCCCUGCAGGGAUGAGAAGGAGUAUCUCCUUUCUUUGCACCACCGGUCUUUCCCGCAGUGGGCAUUCGAGUUCGAUGAAGGGUUCAAUAUCUGUAUAUUUGGGUAUGGAUCGAAGCGCAAGCUUGUCGAGCAGUUUGCCGAUUGGACAUAUCACCACAGCCUGUCAAAUACUGCGUCACCGUCUAUCAUCAUCAUCGUCAAUGGGUACACACCGGGUAUCUCUAUCCGAUCGAUCUUCGCUACGAUCGUUACAGCUGUUAUGGGCGACGAUGUCCCCUCCAAGCUCGGUGCCCAGCCAACAGAAGUCCUAGAGUUACUUCAAUCCGCGCUCAAAUCCGGUGGAGAGACUGAGCAGCCUGUCACAGUUUUGAUCAACUCGAUCGACGCCCCUCCUCUCCGCCGCGCAGCAAACCAGGCCCUUCUUGCCCGUCUGGCUGCUACACCGCGCAUCCGCCUGCUGGUCACGGCGGAUACGCCCAACUUCCCAGUGAUGUGGGAUAUCAGUCUCCGCGACCAGCUCAACCUCGUCUUCCACGACUGCACAACUUUCCUCCCCUUCUCGGCCGAGGCAGACGUCGUCGAAGAAGUCCACUCCCUCCUCGGCCGUAAGGGUCGUCGUGUCGGCGGCAAGGAGGGUGUAGGCUUCGUGCUGAAGUCUCUUCCAGAGAACGCACGCAACCUAUACCGUCUCCUAUUGACGGAAUUGAUCACUGUCAUGGAGGACGGUAACCAGUCCGACGAUGAAGCACCAGCCGACGGCUGCAAGGCUGAUGACACGGGUAUUGAAUUCCGUCAGCUGUACCAGAAGGCGACGGAAGAAUUUGUCGCUUCUUCUGAGAUGAUGUUCCGGACAUUGUUGAAGGAAUUCCACGAUCACCAGAUGAUCACGUCCCGCAUGGAUGCCAGUGGUGGUGAGAUACUCGGUGUUCCUCUGUCUCGUGAUGAGAUGGAGGGUGUGUUGGAGGAUCUGGUGCUGGGGUAG